AUGGUACGACUGCUCAACCUCGACCAAGUUGGGGAGCGCGAGGCUGGUCCUGCCGCCUAUCAGGCCUGCCGCCAUGCCUCCCCCUCGGCGACACUGGCAGGCAGUGACCGCAGACCGAACCCCAACAUGAAUCAAUUCUCUGCUGCACUGUCCAUCUAUCCGUAAGUACGCGGCGCAUCGCUGAAAGAUGCCCGCUUCCCUCGACGCGCCCAUCCGUGAAAGGCACUGCAUGGCACCGCACCACCAAGCCCCGCCCUCUUUCCCCAAGUCCUGCCUGACAGACCCACCAGCAUCGUAUCCGUUCUCGCGCGCUAUCUCGACCUCACCUCGCUGUUCGAACUAUCGCGAACAUGCCAUCAGGUCCGAGCGAACCUUCUGCAUCACCGACAGCUGCUCAUGUCCCGAGCCCUCCGCUGUGAGAACGAGAGUGCGGAUCCCGCCAAGCGGCUGGGCAAUGCCCUGCACGCGAGCCACCAGGUCUGGACGGCAUACGGUCAGAACGGCGUCAACGUGGGACGCAUCACCGGCGGCAAACUCGGCGCCUGCGCCAUGGACAUGGUCGGCGAAUGUCGAAGCUGUUCCAAGAUCAUCUGCAGAGUAUGCCGAAUCAACCCAUUACCACUACCACCACCCUCUAGUCAUCACACUCAUACGAGAAAGAAGCUUGCACUGCCCGUCCCUCAUUCUUGCCAUCGUUCCCUUCAGCGAAACUCACACAUUCUUCUUCUCACCCUCUAGAACUGCGUCAUCAAACCGCCACCCUCCAAGCUCAUAGACCUGCGGCACCGCCGACUCUGCAGAGCCUGCAUGAAAUCGCCGCUCGACAAGCUAACGACCAUCACCCGAAUCGUGGGAGAAGACGGGAGGUCCACGAGGCGAGUAUGCCCGAGCAUGAGAGCGUGCCGACGUAGUUUUGACCUUCUGCUGCAGCGCCGGGAGCAGCAACAUCAGCGGCGACGUUGAAGACCAACAGCAACGUACGUAUGCAAGAUCGCCGUGUACUUGCCCAGAAGCAGUCUGGAUCUGCCAGCCUUGUGGGCUGACGAUGCGAACUGACGAUACCACGUAUGUGCGUGGAUGGAAGUGGCGAACGCGCUACUCUCACUGUGGAGGCAUAGGGGCCGGGUUGGGUGAAGGCAACGAGGGAGUCGAAUGCGGCCGGACGAGAGAUUGUCUCGCGGCGAGGAUGGUGGAGAAGGAUGUAGAGUGCGAUUUUGCCGAGUUGGCCGCUCUCCACGCCGAGACGGCCAAGGCGGAAGUGCAAGGCCGCCACUGGAAUGGCAGCAGCUACAGCACGCAGGAGAUCGUCGGGAUAGGGGGCAAGGUCAAGACGAAAGUCAAGAAGAGAAUGCCAGUAGGGGCAAUCGUCAAGGAGUACGAGGAUGAGAGGGAGCAAGAGAAGUUCUUGUCGAGAGAGCAAGGCGGUGCCAAUCGUAGUUGGUGUUCAUGGUGUUCGCGUGUUGUGGUGGGCAAGAAGGAUCUCUCUGGCGCGACCAAGAGCACGGACAGCAUUGCUUCGGCCAGCUCCACGGCAUCGAUCUAG